AUGGCGGCACCUGUCCAACGCAGGGGAAAAACGCUCAACCGAGAUAUCUCCGCACACGCUCACAAACACGCUGUAGUUGAAAUAGACAUAACGUGCAUGAGAUUCAAGCUGACGUUUCAAAGGUUCAUAGAACCUCCUCAACUGUUGAAUAUGGCGGCGAAAAUUGCUGACUCACUCCGGGAAGUGAUUCAUUUCAAGCUUCUGCGACAUCUUUAUGUGCUCCUGCUAUUCUUCUGCAACCCAACCGACGUCUACGGCGCAGGAAGGCCAGACAUCAUGCCUUUUUCGUUCUCCGCGAACUCAGCCCUCGGUCAGAAAUCGACAGUGUCCUGCGUCGUAUCCUUCGGACAGGGCCCCUUCGAUUUUUACUGGACUCAGGAAGGCAAGGAAAUCGAGGACUCUCCAAGAAAGCACACGAAGACCGUUACCGAGAACGUCGCGGUCAUGACAAUCGAGAAGGUCACUGCUGAAGACUUGGGCAACUACACAUGCACCGUGUCCAAUGCAGCCGGAAGCAGCAGCCACUCGGCAACCCUGGUCAUUGAAGGACCGCCCGAAGUGCAACCGUUCUCCUUCUCGAAGAACAUAGCACUGGGACAGAAAGCGGUGGUGAACUGCGGUGCUACAAAUGGAGACGGACCUUUCAAGUUCCGCUGGGUUCACGACGGGAAAAACCUGCAUUCGACUUCGUCUAUAUACGUCAAAACCUUAAGCGAAACCGUGGCGACACUGGUCAUCGAAAAGGUCGGCGCCGAAGACGUGGGGAACUACACUAUGCUGCACUAUUAUUUCAUCAAAUACGCGUAG